GGCAGCAUCCAUGGCUCAUGUAUAUAAGUAAGUUUCCAUCUGUUGAAUUGAUCCAUCAAUUUCAGAAUUCUAUUGAACAUAAAAAUGGGAAAGCUUGUCGACACAAGUGCAUUAUUUUCAGUACUAAUGGUGGUGUUGGUGCUGGCAGGAUCAGUGCAGCAGAGCAGCGGACGUACGUGUGGGAACACAUUCUUCUCAUCAUUGAUUCAGAUGAUUCCAUGUCGUGCAGCAGUCGCCCCCUUCAGCCCCAUAUCACCAAGUCCAGCUUGCUGUGCUGCCAUCAAAGCACUCGGACAGCCUUGUCUAUGUGUGCUUAUCAACGGCCCUCAGAUAUCUGGUGUUGAUCGGAACAUGGCAUUGCAGCUACCUGACAAAUGCACUGCUAAUUUUGAACCAUGUGAGAUUUUGAAGAAAUGAGGCUGGAGGAAGUGUAGGAAUAAAUGUGGAUAGCUACUCUAUGGCUGUCCAUGUAACAAUGUACUAGUGCUAUUAAUAUUAUGGACUACAUAUACAUUAUCUUGAUAUGAUUA